AUGCGUAUUAACUUACAAGCACAAGAUGUGUGGGGCACUGUCAAACAUCGUGACGUUGAGGAGGACGUCCUUCUCAUGUUGGUAGAGAAGGACUCGAUAAAGGGAGCAUGCGAUACGCUGCAAACAAUGCAUGUGGGUGUGGAACGCAUCAAGGAAGCAAAGAUGCAGGCCUUGAAGAGUGAGUUUGAGGAUAUCCGCAUGAAGGAAGAGUGCCGCAAUAAGGAGCGCGAUGAGGAGGUAAACCUCAUGUUCUCGGAUGAUGAAGAGCCUACAUUGAUGUUGGACGAGAAAAUGCCCAACAUGUUGAUGCUCAAUGAAAAGAAGGUUAUGGCGAACCCCUUCAUAGAUGAAGAAGACCAAGUGGAGACCAGCAUGUGGUAUCUAGACAACAGAGCGAGCAACCACAUGACUAGAGAUCAAGGAAAGUUUAAGGAGCUUGAUGAGAAGUUCACUGAAAAUGUGAAGCUUUGCGGCAGAUCAAUUGUACUGAUCCAAGGCAAAGGAUCUAUCUUUUUCCAGUGUAAGAACGACGAUCAACGUCUAUUGACCAAGGUGUAUUACAUCCCGAGUUUGAAGAGCAAUAUUAUUAGCCUUGGUCAAAUGAUAGAAGAAGGUAGCAGAGUGGAGAUAGUCGGCCCAUUCCUCAAGGUAUACGAUAGAAAUAGAGCCCUGUUGAUGAAGGCAAAAAGGUCGUAA